AUGGCUAUGAUGUUCUUCACCUCUACAAGCACGCCUCUUUGGUCCUCGGCUUUUACACCUACCACUACUGGGCAGUACGCCGGAGCAUGCAUAUUUCUUAUAGCUUUCACUGUGGUGUUUCGUAUCUUGCUGGCAUUGCGAUUCAACAUGUACAAGGUAGUGGCCGCGGCCAAAAUGAGGCGUGGUGGUGGUCUUCUCCAGUCGGACAUGACCGAAAUCAAAUCGACGCCCCGACCUUGGAGGGCCAGCGAGGCUAUCAUGUCGGGUGCGCUAGACGCAGUGAUUGCGGGAGUGAGUUAUCUGCUUAUGGUAGCAGUUAUGACGAUGAAUGUUGGCUACUUCAUGUCGAUACUUGGUGGUGUGUUCUUGGGCAGCGUGCUCUGCAGUCAUUUGACAGGCAACACCGGGGGCCAUUGA